UUUACUAAGAACUACGCUCAUUCGGGGCAUAAAGGUAAACAAAACAAGAAAAAUUCUCUCUUCAUCUGUUUUUUAGCUUAAAAAUUUGGAAAAAACGAACUUUAUUGCAAUCCUGGAAGAUGAUGCACCUUUUUAGUAGAUUACCUGAACAAAAUAGUUUUGAUUUAUUAAAGUAAAACACUUCGUUAAUGAUGUCAGCAGAAGAAAGUCUGAAGUCCUUCAGUUGGUAUCAUGGAACAAUCAGUCGAGAUGAAGCUAACAAAUUCCUUGAAGAAAAAAGACUUGGCUUGUUUUUGAUCAGAAAAAGGAAAGCAAAAUCCGAAUAUGUACUUUCAGUUAGUGAAAUCCAGAAAGUGUGCCAUUACAUUAUUUCGGAUGUAAAUGGUAUGUAUUUCAAGAUUGGCGAGCAACGUUUCGCUGACAUUCCAUCUAUUAUAGAGUUUUACAAGAAACACAUGCUGGAUACUACAACUCUCACUGAACCGGUUUUAAGACCUGGUACCGAGCUUGAUCCUACGGUUGUUGUAAACAAUCUCUCCAACGCAGAUCAUCUUAUGAAAGUUCGUGCAAAAUUUGAUUUCCAUGGAAAGGAUCCGGAGGACUUGCCAUUUAAAAAGAGUGACAUGUUAACUGUUAUUCGUAAAGAAGAAGAAGAGUGGUGGCUUGCUCGUGAUAACACCGGUAGAGAAGGAAUGAUACCUGCUACUUAUGUUGAAGUGAUUGUAUCUCCAGUAUCACCAGCUCGCUCACCGACACUGGGAGUCAAGCCAAUGAAAAAAAUUCGAAGCAAUGAUUAUGCAAAACCGAAAUCAGGUCCUAAUAAUGUUCGAGAUCUACAACUGCAGAUACCCGUUGAUCAUGUUGGUCCAUUAUACGUAGUUGCUAUAUUGGACAAGGAAGCAAAUUUUUACGACGAAAAAGUCUUGGGCUUUAAGAAAGGUGAUAAAAUUGAAGUUCUUAACAGAAGCGAUAAUGGUUCAUGGGAAGGCAGAAAUUUAAGUACUGGCAAAACAGGACUCUUUCCAUUCAACUACGUAAGAGCAACAAAGUGAUAAUAAAAUUAUAAUACUUACUUAGAAUUAAUAUAUAUAUAUGUAGAAUUUUUACUUUUUUAAUAUUUUGAAUUUUUCUUUUUAUAAGUUUUAUUAGUAAUUUUUUAUAUGUUAAUAUUUAUAUCUUUAUGCACAGGAAUUAUAAAUAAUAUUAGUUUAGUUACUUUUUAGUAGCUUCUCAGAUAACUUCACUUUUGUUUGAAACAGCAAGACAGGUCUUUAUUAUUAUCCUCUCGUUUUCUCCGUUGGCUGUUGCCAAGGAAGGGUGGAUAUACUCUUAACUUUGUUGUUCAGCUUUACCAUGAGUAAUUUGCAUAAAUUUGUGUUUUCAACUUCUUCGAUAUUUCAAAUAAUCACAUUCUAGUUCACAAUUCAUCGAUUAUUUACAGCAUGUGGCCAGAAGUUUGGUAAAUGGUUAUGCAUGGUCACAGUUACUAAAUAUUGCGUUGACAUAUCUUACUAAACCUACGUAAUUUUCCAUUUACAUCAAGAUUUUUUCAGAAUUUUAUCGCAUGAUAUUUUUGUACAUUCUUAGAUUUUUUAAUUUUGAAAUUUCUAGUUAUUCUAAAACAUUUUCUACGCACUUGAAAUCUGUAUAUUUACUUAUUUGUUUUAAAUGUACCCUACGUGCUGUUGAACUUUAUUUUGCGACAGCCGUGGUGGCGUUAAUUUGCAGCGCAAUAUGAAGAUAGAUUUAGAGUACAAUAUUUUCUUUUGACGGUUUAAAUACUAUUUCAAAACAGCUGUUUGAAUCAAAAA